GAGGCGGGCAGACGCCCCUACCGUGGAUUGGCUGCCCCCAGACUCGCGGCCUCGUAGAUUGGCUGAAGAGUAGCUAGAGCUAGGCCUGGGCAGUCGCUGCGGGAGUCCUGGCUGUCCCAGAACUCACGCGGGAGAGAUCUGUGGUGACUCGCGGCACCGUGGAGGACAAGAUGAUCAGCCCGAAGUCCAGCCAAUUCCUGGCGUGUAGGGGGCAGUCGGAGCUUGAGCAGCCCUCCGAACUGCAGUGGGAACUAGAAAAGGGUUUCAGCUCAGUGGGUGAAUCGGACACAGGUAUGCGGACCGAGUCUGCCACAGCAGCCUCAGCUUCUGUGGAAGUGGAUGAAGACCUUGGAGUCAACUUGUUCCCGCCGCCGCUGCCCCAGCCCCGGAUCUGCAUGUGGAAAUACCUGGACAUCCAUUCUAUGCACCGGCUAGAGAAGGCAGCCACUGUGGACGAGAUGAGGGAGGUGCUGGCUGAGCUCUUGGAAAUCAGCUGUCCUGAGCAGAGCCCACAGGAUGCCAUCACCUUGGACCUCUUCUCCUAUGCACUCAUCUUCUGCCGCCAGCAAGGCUUCUCACUGGAGCAGAUGUCAGCAGCUUGUGCACUGCUCCAAGAUCUUCAUAAGGCCUGUGCUGCAACCCCCUUGGGCAAUGUGGAGGAAUGCUACCGCUACUUUACCAGUGUUCUUUUUUGCCAUGGAGUCAGGCGGCCCCCCUUCAGCAUUGACCUUUUUAAGGAGGAACAGCUGCUUGCCCUGGCAGACUACGUGGUCAACACCUACUUCCGCCACUUCAAGCUCUAUAAAUAUGUCUUCACACCUCAGGUGCAGCUGGAUCUAUCAUUGACUUACACAGGGCUGCAGCCACCUAAGGCCUGGCUAGAGGAGAAAGCAAGCAGCGAGGAGGCGGAGGAGCAGGCAGUUACUCCACCGAAGGAAGAACUAGAGGUAGAGGUCCAGCCAGAGCAAGAAUCAAGCCAGGUCUGUAUCCUCCGAACCUACAUCAAGACCCAGCUGAACAAGGAGUUGGAGCAGCUCCAGCAGCUGGUGGAGGAACGGCUCAAGGCCAGCGAGGAGAGGCUGAGCAGCAAGUUGACUGCACUAGAGCGACCUAACCAGCUACCUCCCAGCAAAAGCAAAGGCAAAAACAAGACUAAGUGA